AUGACCAAUUCGACAAAAACCAAAGUGCUUUCUUACUUGAAGAUACAUACAAAUAAUAAAACGGAUAAAACAGUUACACCCGCACGAAGUGGAAUACAACAACAGCAUGUCGUCGGACGUUUUAUAAACACGGAAAAGAAUAGUAAACCACCAAUUCCAAAACAAUUGCCAAAUAGUUCGGUUUAUUUUGGAAUAAAACGCGUCGAUGAAUUUCAAUGGCUACAGAAUUCCGAAAAUCACGAGGUCUUAAAAUACAUUAAAGCUGAGAAUGAAUAUACAGAAUCUCUAAUGAAACGCACAAAUUCAUUACAACGACGCUUAUCUCAUGAAUUGAGAAGAAAAUUGAUCACCCAAGGAAUUAUGGCACCUAUAAAGACUUUGGUGGAUGGAUAUGAGUAUUAUACAAUAUCAACUAAAUACGGACUCAAAUAUUGUCGUAAUAAAAAAGGAUUUCCUCCGAUAGAAGAAGUUCUGUUGGACUCGAAAUGGUUGGCAGGAACAAAAAAAAGCAUUCGAUCAUUAUUAAUAUCACCAGAUCAUAAUAUACUUGCUUAUUUAAUAGAACAAGAGGAAGGAAUAUUUAAUUUCGUAUGGGGAAGUAAUAGUAAAAUGGUUUAUUACACUAUAACGGAUGAACAACUUAGACCUUACAAGGUUUACGCACAUCAAAUUGGAAGUUCCCCGCAGCAUGAUAUUCUUAUAUAUGAAGAUUAUGAUAAAUCAUCAUUUGUUGAUAUUACAUCUUUUAUCGCAAUAAAUUCAAAUAGUUUUUCUACUUCUGAAGUACGGAUUUUUGACGCCUAUCAUGACUUUUCUAAAGGAAUUCCGGAACUUAAACUUAUUGAACCACGUUCAUCUGGAUUGGAAUAUUACGUUGAUCAUCAUAAUGGAUUUCUUUAUAUUUUGACAAAUUCUGCUAAUACGCGAAAUUUUAAGUUGGUCCGUGCAAGUCUCGAUAAUUGCAAUAAAAGAAAUUGGAAAACUAUAUUCUCCUUCAAAAAUAACGAAUUGAUAGAAGAUAUUGACAUAUUUCGUAAAUUUGCUGUGAUAUUUGCAAAAAGAGAAGGACUGCCAAUAAUUUUCUGUUACAAUUUCGAUUCACAUGAUGUGCAUCAAAUUGAAUUACCAACAAAAUUUUGUGUUGUGUCUCCGGAAACCAAUAUUAAUUAUGAUACGGAUAUUGUAAGGUUCACUUGUGAUUCUCCAUUCGCUCACCAAUCAAUUUAUGAGUAUAAUAUGGAAACUAGGAAAUUACAUUCAAUAAGAUCUAAUCCUAUUCAUAGUAAAUAUAUUAAUUAUAUUACGCAUUUUCCUAAUUACUGCAAUAUACUAAUUGAAUCAGAUUUUGAUCACAAUUUAUACACGUGCCAUCGCAUAUAUGUUAACUCAAAGGAUGGUUCAAAAAUACCAAUUACUUUAUUACACAAGAGAUCUUUGGUUCUGGAUAACAAAAAUCCGGUGUUAAUUAGAUCUUAUGGAGCUUAUGGAGUUUCCACUGUGCCUGAUUUUCAACUAGAACAUUUCUCACUGUUAGAAAGAGGUUGGGUUAUUGCACUUGCACACGUCAGGGGAGGUUCGGAGUUAGGUCAUACGUGGUACGAUCAAGGACGAUUGAUGAAUAAAAAAAAUUCGAUUACAGAUUUGAUUUCGGUGAUUGAAUAUCUUAUUGAAGCUGGAUAUUCAAAUCAAUCUCUCAUCGCAUCAAUGGGUUCUAGUGCUGGUGGAUUAUUAUUAGGAGCUGCCUUUAAUAUGCGACCAGAUCUAUUCCGUGCAAUUAUCUUGAGAGUUCCUUUUUUGGAUCCGUUAUCAAGUAUGUUAAAUCCUGAUUUGCCACUCACUCGGAUUGAGUAUAACGAAUGGGGAAAUCCUCUGGAAGAUAAAAAAACCUAUGAAUAUCUGGCUAGUUACGCGCCAUAUGAUAAUAUUUCAACUUUACGAUCACAACAAACUCGUUCAAUAUUGGUUACAGCAGCUAUGAAGGAUCAAAGAGUUAGUUAUUGGCAUCCAUUAAAAUGGGUAGCUAGAAUGAGAACAAGGCAAUCAACAGAUCAUAAUGGCAAUUUAUUGAUUUUAAAAAUUGAUAUGGAAGGAGGGCAUUUUGGAGAUGAAAUUGAUCAAUCGGAUAGAAUUAAAAAUGUGGCCUUUGAACUUGCGUUUCUCAUAUCCCAAGUUCAAAAAACAGAAUAA